AUGAACAAAUCUGAUACUGCAUGGCAGAAAUGUUUACCGAAAGCGGUCCUUGUGAGCUCACUUCUUAAACAUUGCAAAGACCAUCUAAAGAUUCGAGAUGAGCUCCGAAGCUUCCUGGCGGAGAUGAAGGAAGAUUCUGAACAGAUUAGAAAAGAGCUGAAGGAGGAGGAGAAAGUGACGAGGAUUCUAGUAGUAACCAUCAGGUCAGUCCAUGACCUUAAACAUAAGGAUUCUAGUAGUACCAUCAGGUCAGUUCAUUACACUCAGAGAAAGAAACACAGAGAUUCUAGUAGUAACCAUCAGAGAAAAAACCCCACAGGGAUUCUAGUAGUAACCAUCAGGUCAGUUCAUUACACUCAGAGAAAGAAACACAGAUAUUCUAGUAGUACCAUCAGAAUCCCACUCUGUCAUAUCUGUGAGAAGGAGUUUGAGUCUAGUGAAGAAGAAUUUUCAUGUCGUGUCUGUGAUCGAGUGUUCCACAAGGAAUGUGUGCUGUCAAUCAAAGAUCUCCACCCAUCCCACAUCUCCACCAUCGAGAGAGUUCACACGAGCGUGGGGUGGAGCUGUCCCGCGUGUGACGACCUAAGUUCAUUGCUGACAGAAAAUGAGCUACAAAGCAUUAUUGAUACUUUUGACGAAGACAUCAAUCCGAAAGGAGGACAAAUUACACUAGAUGAAUUCAUCGAAUACAAAAGAAAACAACUGGGACAUAAUAUGUCAGAAGAUGAGCGCAAGCUCUCACAGCUUGAAUUCCGAUUGGUUGAUACCGAUGGCAACGGAACAAUUGAUUGGUGGGAAUUUCUAAAUUUUCAGGCCAAAGUGAAACUUGCCUCACGUGACCAGAAUGGAUUGGUAGAUUUGCUGACAGAAAAAGAAGUUUUAAUGGCGAAAAUCGCCUUCUCCCGUCUGGACGUGAAUAAAGACGGCAGUAUAUCGGAACUAGAGGCCAGAAAAGUGUUUGAUGAGUAUUUUAGUCAGCUCAGCUUAUCUGACAGGAAACGGAAUAGCGUUGGAGAAACCUACGCAAAGCAUGCUCUAGCCCGAGCCAUGGCGCUGGAUGUCAAGGAAAUGGGCACUGUCACGUGGACUGAGUUUCUACAUGGACAAGCACAAUACAUUCUUGCAUCACGUCCAAACACAUCAGAUUUAAGAUAGAGACAAAUGUUGUGGGCAGCAAAACAUGAAUAUGUAAAUUAUUGGCAGACUCAUUUCUUAGUACUAUCACUGAAAUAUCUUAAUUAUGUAUCAAUAAAGUAUGUAAUA